AUGGCGGUGUUGAGGUUCUCCGACGAAGCUGUGGCUGCCGCCGUGCCCAUCCUGGUGUACUGGACCUACUCCGGCGUGCACACGGCGCUUGGCCAUGGACGCGUCAUGGCCAAGUACAGGCUCAACACCAAGGCUGAGGAGGACAGCAAGAACACGGUGUCCAAGCGUGCCGUGCUCGGGAACGUCCUCAUGCAGCACCUCAUGCAGCUCGUCGCCGUCACCGUGCUCACCCCGGUUAUAGCGGGAAGAGGAGCAGGGGGAGCGGCCACGGGCGACUCGCCGGCGACCGCGUCGUCGUACCUGACGGCGGCGCGUCAGAUCGCGGUGACCGUGGUGCUGUACGACGUGUACCGCUACGCGUGGCACCGCCUGGCGCACCGCAGCCGGUUCCUGUACCGGCACCUCCACUCGUGGCACCACCGCCUGGUGGUGCCCUACGCGUUCGGCGCCAAGUACGGGCACCCGUCGCUCUGGAACGGCGCCGCGUACCACGGCGUGCACCACCUGCCGCGCGGCGUCAGGUACAACUUCUCCGACCUCUUCUUUGUCACGUGGGACAAGGCGUUCGGGACGUACCUGCACUACACCGUCGAGGAGAGACCCGGCGGCGAAGGGCUGGUGAUCCAGCCGGUGCGGCCCAAGGCGUCCAAGGCCUCCGCCGUUGUCACGCCAGUUGACUGA